AUGGAGACCUGCAUUUGGGGCCCGGUAGUGGCUGCGGUUGAUCGGAUGCCAGAGCCCCUCACGGCGGCGUUGGAGAGCUAUCGUGGCGGCGGAGCAGUCGCGGUUGACCGGAUGCCAGAGCCCGUCGGCGAUCCCGACGGCGGCGGUUGUGUGUUGUGCGCGAAUCGACGCCGGUGGUUUGCUGAAGGAGAUGGACAGCCGGGGAAAAAAUAUUGUGAUUGUGGAUCUGGGCUAACCGAGACAGUUUUCACCUCGAUAAGUCAGUGUAGUUUAGGCGAGCCGCUUCCCUUUUUGGGCACUGGACCUAGUUACCGCUCCAUGCCCCUAUCCAACGGAAGACCUUGGUGUGAUCGCUGCAACCGUUCCUUGUUCCCGUCGAAAGUCAGUAUUUGCAAAUUUUAA